AUGUGGAGUUUGAAACGCGUUGUUCCUGUAUUAUGCUUUUCCUUUACUGACCACCUCAUUCACAAUCAUCUCUUGUUGGAAGAUAUUGUUUGCAUCUCAAGUGGACAAAAGUUUUCAAAAAAUGGUGAUAUGAUGGAAGAUUUCUUCUUUUACUGGCGAAAACAAGAACAUUCUUGUAUGAAGGAUGAUGGUAUUGAGAACCUAAGGAAAGGCAAUAUUAUCAAUGAAACUCAUCAUAAAUCGUCUUUUUUUUUUAAUGCAACCAUUACUGGCUCUUCUUAUAAUAGCUCUUAUCGCUUUGUUGUCAAUGUUUUAUGGAUGGCUGAUGGGGAUAAACAAGGCAUAUACAAAGAAAAAGUAAAGGUCUUGAUCAAACCUGCUUUAACCGCUAAUCAUAAAUUCUGUGAAUCAUUUCCGUGCGCGCGAUGGGGUGGAAGUAGUUCUAUAUGCUUGGUGAUAUCAAGUCAUACAGUUGUCAAGGAAUAUAUUGGGUUAGCAAACAAAAAGAAAAUAUUGGAAGUCAAUAUAGUUUUAUGGUGGUUCCUGGGUAACGGCUAA